GACCCAACACACUUUUCUUCUUUCUUUCUUUCCAAGCAAAUUUUCCACCAUUUAUUAAUUUCCCCUCACUUUCUCUCCGUUCUUCCUCCAAAACCACCGCCCCAGUUUCAUAAACCCUUCCCCUCUCCAACCCCUUUUCCCAACCCUCUCAAUUUCUUGUUCUUCUUCAGCCAUGUCCAUCUAUAGGGUACUUUCUCGAGCUUCCAGAAGCUUCACGCUUCUCUCUGCUUUGCAGAAGCCACAACCACUCUCCACCACUUUCUUCCAUCAAUUCAGUUCUUUUCCUCAUCAAUCAGCUAAUAAGGUUAUUCCAAUUCAAGCCAAUUUGUUUUGUCCUUCAAUAAGUUCAUCCUUGACUCCAAGAUUUGGAUUUUCUUCCUCGGCCUCAUCGGAGUCUUCAAAAACAAGUGAAGAGGCUAAUGCAACUAAUCGGAAUGAAGAAGAUAAUGGUGAAGAUCAAACGAAAGAAUCAGAUUCAGAGAUUGAAUGUGAUCUAUCCAGAGACGAGUUAAUUAAGCUUGUGACUGAGAAGGAAGCACUUUUGAAGUUGAAGCACAAAGAGAUUGAAAAAAUGCAGGAUAAAGUUUUACGUACUUACGCAGAGAUGGAGAAUGUCAUGGACAGGACUAAACGCAAUGCAGAGAAUUCAAAAAAGUUUGCUAUACAGAAUUUCGCCAAGAGUUUACUGGACGUUGCUGACAAUCUGGGAAGAGCUUCCUCAGUUGUAAAGGAAAGUUUUUCAAAAAUUGAAUCACCUAAAGAAUCUGAUGAAGCCGCACCACUCCUGAAAACGCUUCUGGAAGGUGUUGAAAUGACUGAGAAACAACUUGCAGAGGUGCUUAAAAAGCAUGGUGUAGAAAAAUUUGAUCCUACAAAUGAACCAUUUGAUCCAAACAGGCAUAAUGCCAUAUUCCAAAUACCUGAUGCUUCCAAGCCUCCAGGCACUGUUGGAGCUGUUCUAAAGGCAGGAUAUAUGCUUUAUGACCGCGUACUUCGUCCAGCAGAAGUUGGGGUAACACACGAAGUUGAGGAUAACAAAACAGAUGAAUGAUCAUGGCAUGAAGAAAUGCCUGAGUAAUUGGGUACUUAUUGGAUAUCAUCCAAUGUCUUUUAAUGUAGUUCACACUCUAGUUCUCUUUUGCAGAGCUAUAAUUCGUCAAUACGGAGAGGACUAUUUUUUCCCUUUAUAUUAUAUCCGGAGUUCUUUUUUAAUAAUCAUAACAAAACAGUAUCUGGAUUUGAUUCCAUGAGAUUUUGGUUGUAUUCAUGGUAUUUAUUUAUUCAUUAUAUUGGUACCUUUACAUACCCCACAUAUAAUUCAGGAGCUCUCUAGUUUGGUCUUGUGUCCCUUUCUGUUGCCAAAUCAUGAUUUGUAGGGGGAGAAGAUCAGUCAUUGUAAGAUUUUAAGUAAGUUUUGAGGUGAUGCAACCGUUUUAUUUUUA